UCUCUCUCUCCUCCACUCUCCAUUUGUCCCUCGUUUACUAAAAGGAACACAGUUGUGAGGUGUGAGGUGUCUCACUAUCGCUUCUCUUCCUCCACCUGGUCUCCUCCUCUCGAUCCGAUCGUUCCCAUGGCUCUCCGAACCCUCGCAUCCAAGCGAGCCCUAACCCUAGCCCAAGGGUUAGGGUUCCGGCACGGCGGCGGCGGCGCCGCCCCCUCUGGGGAACACCUGCGUCGCCACGCCCGGGGGCUCGUGACCUUCUCCCUCCCGGAUCUCCCCUACGACUACGGCGCCCUCGAACCCGCCAUUAGCGGCGAGAUCAUGAAGCUCCACCACCAGAAGCACCACCAAACCUACAUCACCAACUACAACAAGGCCCUGGAGCAGCUUGAGGACGCCAUGGCCAAGGGCGACGCCUCCGCCGUCGUCGGCCUCCAGAGCGCCAUCAAGUUCAAUGGCGGAGGUCAUGUAAACCAUUCAAUUUUCUGGAAAAAUCUCAAGCCUGUCAGUGAGGGUGGCGGAGAGCCUCCUCAUGGGACUCUUGGUUGGGCCAUUGACACGGAUUUUGGUUCGUUGGAGGUCCUUAUACAGAAAAUGAAUGCAGAAGGUGCUGCUUUACAAGGAUCUGGAUGGGUGUGGUUGGCUUUGGAUAAGGAGAUGAAGAAACUUAAGGUUGAGACCACUGCUAAUCAGGAUCCUCUAGUGACUAAAGGAGCAACCUUGGUUCCUUUGCUAGGUAUAGAUGUGUGGGAGCAUGCAUACUACCUGCAGUACAAAAAUGUUAAACCCGACUACCUUAAGAACAUAUGGAAGGUCGCGAACUGGAAAUAUGCCAGCGAGGUUUAUGAGAGCGAAAUCGCCUGAGGUAAGCUUUUCUAUGUCCAUUCUAACAUGGGUUAUCGCAUGCAGUGUUGCCCUUCUGCGUUUGCCAUGAAGAGAGGAUACUUUUAAAUUGAAUAAAUUUGGACCUUCUAGGCCUGAAAUCUUGUUGAUACAUUAUCUACUAGUUGAAUAACACCGCAGUGCCUGUAGAUGUUUCUUCUUAA